UGCUGUUGUAAUAAACAAGAGAAAAACAAUCAGUUUCUAACGUAGAAAAGAGCGAUGGUUAUCUGCCUGCGGCUUUGCUUAUAAGCUUGAUAUUCGCUUCUUAAGAACUAAAUCAGCUAUUUUAUGGUCCCUAUUCAAAUAACUUAGAAGAAAUAUGAGUUGCAAGAUAACAGUUGAACUAUAGGACGACCAGUUAUAGUUCUGUCAUAUCAUGACUGUUGUCAAUUUGAUGAGUAAUUAGUGCUGAUUAUCUCUUUUUACACAUAUUUUGUGUUUGCGGUUGCAUUUCGUUUUACUUAAACUGACUUUCGGUCACAGAACGCUUCGUAAAUUAAAACUAGGACCACAUAAUUUACUAACACAACAAGAAGUUAUGACCGAUUUAUUAGAACCUGUUUCUGAUCUUCAUGACGAGCAAAAGCUUCUUAAAUAUCUUCCCCACGUUUUGAAGUACCAAGACGAUACGUUUCAAGACCGGAACCUGCCAGUGCCUGAUUUACAAAAAACAUUGGACAAGUAUUUGAAAACAUUGGAGCCUAUUUUGAACCUUGCCCAGAUGAAACGAGCCAUUAAGGUUGUUUCUGAAAUGAGGCAUGACCCCGUUCUAGCAGAAUGUCAGAAACUUCUAGAGGAACGUGCCGACAGCUCUCCAAACUGGCUCGCAGAUUGGUGGCUGAAUGAGGCGUACCUUAACUGUCGAGAGUCGCUUGUAGUCAGUGUGACCUCUGCCUACCCAUUCAGUCUGCCCAGUCCCUUUCCAGAUGUGCAGAGCUGGAUUGCAUUUGCAACUCAGCUGGUUUGCGGACAACACAUGGCUAUGGAAAAAAUACAAAGCGAGGAGUUCGUAGAUUUGUUUCGGCUUAAAAAUGAAGCCAACAAUAAGAGAAGAGAUUGCGGAUCCUGCAUCCUUCAGUACUACAGAAGUUUCAGCGCGUGUAGAAUUCCGAGCGAAGGAGCCGAUGGUUUCGUAGUUUAUCCGAAUGGAGCUCCCAACGGUCCUAGACAUAUUGUAGUCAUGUGUCGAAAUAUGCUAUUCUCGGUUGACAUUCUGGAUCAAAAAAGGAGACUACUAGCCCCGGGAGAAAUUUUCGAGCGACUUUUAAAAAUCUACACGUCUUGUACUUCAAUAUGGCUGGAUGAUGAAACCGAUGUAAUUCCUGCUGGACUUUUGACCUGUCAAGAUCGAGACUCCUGGGCAGCGCAAUAUUCGAAACUAAAUGCAGAUCCACACAACCGAAUCAUUUUCCGCACAAUAGAGUCCAGCAUUUUUGUUCUAUGCCUGGACUUUGAGCCCGUUGUGAAUUGUGAAGUUCAAAAUGGUACAACUGCCUCAGUUGAUGAAAAGAGGAAACGAAUUUCGGAGUGGGGAUUGAUUUCCCUCCACGGUGGAGGAUCAAAAAAGCACUCGUGCAACAGAUGGUUUGACAAGGCCAUUCAGAUUGUGGUUGGCAUGAGUGGCUACUGGUUCGUGGUAAAGGAACACAGCAGUGUAGACGGAGUCCCCGGCAGACACUUCACCUCAAUGAUGCGGCAUUACGCGGAAACAGUUGAGUUUGAUCACACGGCGAAGCGGGAUAUUUCAAAGAGUUCCGAUUCAGUCAAACCACUGAUCUUCAACUUCGAUGCGAUUCUAGAUUUACAAACUAUAAUUGAGAACGCAGUAAAAGAAGUCGACAAGGUUGUAGCUGAUCUGGAUCUGGAGGUGUGUUUCUUUACAUCAUUUGGCAAGGAAGUGAUUAAGCGACUGAAUCUCAGUCCAGAUGCAUUCUUCCAAGUUUCGCUUCAGCUGGCCAUGUUCAGAUAUCGGCAGAAUCUGUUAGAUGUAGAAGCGAGUCAGCAGCUGUUGGUUCCCACUUACGAGAGUGGAUCAUUGAAAAGCUACAGGUGGGGUCGAACAGAAACCAUCAGAUCAGCCACCAAUGAAGCCCUACAGCUGUGCAGAGCUGCUGCAAAGACGGACAACACAGAUCCAAGUCUACAGCCCCUCCUAAAAAGUGCUAUCAGAGCCCACUCUCAGUACACGAGGGAAGUGAUGAAAAUGGAGGGAGUAGACAGACACCUGCUGGGACUGAAGCUGGCACACAGAGAAUUAGCCAGUCAGGAUCCCACUCUCAAACAACCACAGCUAUUCAAGGAACAGUUUCACGAUUACUUCUCAGAGAUAUUGCUGUCUACUAGUCAGGUUCCGUCGGACGACGACUGCUUCUUGGUGUUCGGGCCCAUUUCUCCCGACUGCACUGGCGUUUGCUACAAUAUUCAAUCAGAUUCAAUCACUUUCGCAGUGUCGUCUUUUCACACUUCAAACAUGACUGAUUCAAAAUUGUUCAUGCAACUGGUUGAAGAAAUGCUCCACUUCAACCGAAAAAUUUUGCAACAAGACGAAUGAACUGAUUUCAAGCGUCUCACAAAUAGAAUAACAAAAAUUAAAUUAAAGCAAGACUGCUCGUAUCGGGGCAAACCCAUGGAUAUUUCGACAACCCUUUAAGGUCCUGCGAUUAAUUAAUCUUUUAAAAGUUUAAAAGUUGAUCAACUUUCAGUUUUUUUUCAGUUUUUUGUUGC